AUGGCGACCGCCGCUGUUUCCGACCUUUCCCGCCGGGCAGUCCCCUGCACAGCCAUGAGAACUCAGUCCACCUCUCGCCAGCAUCUACCAUCAUUUUCUGGUCCGCCUCUCGCCGCGCAUACCCCUCGCCGUCAUCACGCUAUCGUCAGCUUCCGCCGCUCGUCCCUCGCAGGAAUCGCGCGAGUGACAGUAUCGAGAGCCAAUCUUAGCCGCACAUCCGUCACGCGACCUCUCUCGAGGCGUUUGCCGCCCUCGAUUCGCGCCUUCACAAACCAACCGGACGCGGCGCGACCCGGCAGCAAGGCAUCCCGGAUCGCGGCAACAGAUGCGGCUCCGUCCCUCCUCGACACGUCCCGACGACAAGCCGCCGCUGCUGCACGUUCCCCUGCCGCCGCCGCUACCUCCGCUUCUGCCGCUGCUUCUACCACAGCUGCCGCUGCCGCGGCGCUCGAGGACUCGUUAUCGAGUCGCGGCAUUCCCGAGGCGUACUCAACGGACGCGCAAAUCCUGAGCGGCGAGGUGGAGGGAUUCGCGGGAAUGAACGAGGAGGGCGAGUGGAUUCUGCUGUUGCCGUCGGGUCGCAAGCGGCAGUACCCGCGAAAGCGCCGUUCGAAACCUCGAGUUCCUCUCGCCAUUGACCCCGUUGACCGCGUUGACGCCGUUGAUUCUGUUGACGCCCCUCGAAACGCCGCAUCCAGCGUCCGUCUGCCGUCAGAUGUGUCGCAGAUUGAAGAUUCUACGCCGUUCGUGGUCAGCAGCGGAAGAUCAAAUCUGCUGCCUGUCGUGAAUCCCGAGCUUUCAGGCUCUCCUGGGGCGCCACGUGGCAGGCAUCCGUCCCCUAAAGCCUUAUCCGAAGCGGCAGUGAGGGUGAGAAGGGAAAGGCAGAAGUUGCAGCAGCAGCGCCAGCAGGGGGGCGACGCGCUAGUUAAUGACUAUAACGAAGGGUCGAAUGAUGCGACAAAGGCUGAUGUGACUGAAGCGGACGAUGUUUUCUUCUCUGCGCCUUCCACACCCACCUCCCCUUCCUCCUCCUCCUCUUCCUCCUCCUCCUCCCCCUCCCCGCUCUCCCCUCCCUUAUCCCUGUCCCCAUUGCUGGCUUCCGACUUGUGCCCCGCUUCCGCUCCUGCGCCCGUUUCCGCCGCUCCGCGCACCCCGCUGCCCGAAUUCGCGCCGUCGCGGGCAGUCGACGCAGUUCAAGAGGCGGAAGGGGGGAGGGAGGCGGAGAACGCGGGCGAGAACUGGCGGGGAGUGUCCCACAAGCGUACAGUGAGACUGAGCUUAGCGCGUCCGCCGUCGGCAAUCAGGCGAGCGGCGAUAGAAACCACAGAAGUUCCAGACCAACAACUGUGGGCUAAGGAAGUAGGAAGGGGUGCGGAGGAGGCGCAGGCUGCGGAGAUGCAGGGGGAGAGGGAGGGGGAGCGGCGGGGCGGGGCGGAAGUGGCAGGCGCGCUGAAGGCCGUGAGGCGGCACCUGAGUGGGGGGACGCGGAGCGGAAUGACGACUGCUAGAGCCCUGCUGGACGAGCUGCUAUCCCAGCAACCUACGAACCCUCAAGUCCAGGAGCACAUGGCGCUGGCAGAGAGGAAGGCGGGCAACACAGCAGCCGCCAGGGCGUGGUACCGCCGCAGUGCACAGGGCUAUGAGGAGGCUCUGGCGGUUGGCACUGGCUCCCCGCACUCAGGGGAUGCUGUUGUGAACCACCACAGCGACGCAAGGCAUUCAGACGCCAGGCACUCGGCAGAGAGAGGGCCUGCGGAGCUUAUGAGUGACGGAGCAGCAGAGGAGGGUGGGCACCCGAGGAAUCACCUGGGGCGGUGCCUGCAGGCGUGGGCCGGGAUGCAGGCGGAGGAGGGUGACAUGGUUACCAGCAGACAGCUGUUUCAACGGUCAAUGGUGACACUGACGCGGGGAGAACCAGGCUACCAGCAACUACAGGAGCAGCAGGGCAGAACAAAACAGUCGGGGCAAUCUCUGAAAGAUACUGGAAGCCUUGUAAAUGGCCUUCAUGCCUGGGCUAUGGCUGAGAAGCGCGAAGGGAACUUUCAGGCUGCCCGUAACCUGCUGGAGCAGGCAGAGAAGAUUCAGCCGGGCAGCCCGGUGGUUCUGCAGUCACGCGCUCUCCUAGAAGCUUCCGUGAAGAACCUGGGUGCUGCCCGGUGUUAUUUCAAGAAGGCCACUGCUGCUGCCCCUCUUGACGCUGCGUCCUGGCAGGCAUGGGCCCUCCUCGAAGCAAAGGCUGGCCGGGCAGACCGCAUGCGUUCACUCUUCAGCUCCGCACUAUCAGCCAACCCCAAGUCCAUUCCCACUCUGCACGCGUGGGCGUGUCAGGAGGCCCGCCUAGCCACACCUGAGAGCAGAGAGGCAGCCAGGAGGCUGUUUCGGAGAUGUUUGGAGGUGCAGCCUGGGUGUGUGCGGGCGCUGCAGGCGUGGGGUGUGAUGGAGCAUGCAGAGGGGGAUGCUGAUGCGGCAAGGAGGCUGUUUGACCGCGGCCUUGAGGCCGCUCCUCACUCAGCCCCCACUCUCCAGGCAUAUGCAUGCUUGGAGAGGCAGCAAGGAAAUCUAUUAAAGGCCCGCUCGCUCCUAGAACUGGCCCUAACAACCCAGCCGGGCAAUGCAGCAGCGCUGCAGCAGGCAGCAGAGGUGGAGGAGGCGCUGGGGAAUGCAGCAGGUGCGCAUGAGCUCUUUGUGCGGGCGCACCGGGCAGAUAGAAAGGCGGCGAGGCGACGACGGGGGAUGUAUGAGUCGGUGAAAGAGGGGAGGAGAGAGGCGCAGGCGAGAGGGGAGGUGCCGCGCUGGGUUGUGGGGAAGAUGAGGGAGCGGCUGUUGAAGAGGAGAGUUGAGGAAAUUUGA